AUGAACAUAAAAAUAACUGACGACAAUAACAAUCAAAAAGUUAAUAAUAAUAAUAAUAAUAGUAAUCAAGAAAAUAGUAAUGAUGAUGAUAAUGGUGAUACAGUUAUAAAUGUAUAUAGAAUCAAUCGAAAAUAUCAUUUUGUUUGGGAUUCAUCUGAAGAGGUUGCAUUGGGUGUUGGACAGCGAUGGCUUAGACUCAUUGAUGAAGAUAAACUUGCAAUUCCACUUCCAGAGGAAAUAAUAAAACUAAACGAAACAAGAAACUUAGAUUCAAAAAGACAAAUCGAUCAAAUAAUUGCAAAGAAACGACAAAAAGAUCAACAAUUCAAAGAUACAAACAACGAGAACAGUGAAAGUAACAUUAAAAAGCAACAAAAAAAACAAAAGAAAUUAGAGAAACAACAAGAGAAACAAGCUAAACUUAACAAUAAUAACAAUAAUAAUAAUAAUAAUAAUAAUAAUAACAAUAAUAAUAGUAAUAUUAGUAAAAAUGAUAGUAAUAUCAAUAAUAAUGAUAUGGAAAUAGAUGUAAAUAAUGAUAAUAACCAAGAUAAACAACAACAACAACAACAACAACAAAAACAAACAGAGUCAAAAAAUAAGAAUCAACCACAAAAUCAAAAUCUAGAAGGAUUGACACAUAUAAAAUUAUUGAAUUCAAUACAAGAAGUGUUAAGAUAUUCUAAAGAUGAACAACAACUACAAGAACAACAACAACUUUUGCAAAUUCAAAAUAUAGGUGAAAGUGUGGGUGGUGGUGAUACUAAUAAUAAUUAUAACGAUAGUGAUAAAAGUGAAAAGAAAGCAUCGAUUAUAGAUUAUGGAGUCAAGUUUGGUGGGUCGUUUUUAGCAUACCCAGGCGAUCCACUCUUGCAUCAUUCGGAACUGAUCGUAAUAGUACGCUCGCAUACCCAUGCAAUGUCAUCACAUGAACUCACCACCAUGGCAAGAUUGGCAGUCAGUGUCAACAAAACAACUCUACUGGCUACUGCAAUACCAAAUGACAACCAACAACAACAACAACCUAAUCAACAAACAUCAGAUACUAAUCAUAAACAAAAUUAUAAAAUUGACUAUUUAACAUUGACAUGGGAAGGUGUAACAUAA